AUGAGUGAUCAUGUUCAAGAUGUUAAUUUUAUUACUUGUGAGUGUGGCAAACAAGAAAAUAAUAUGAGCAGUUAUAAUUGGCUAUUGCAUAUAGCUUCUUGUGUAGUGCGAAAGUCAAAACUUACAAAUAAAAAUAUAAGCAACUAUUUCUCAAAAACGCCAACAAUCAAUAAAAAUGUUGGGUCAAACGAAAUUAGUGUUGCUGUUGCACCAAUUUCAGAAUCCACAACUUCAUCACAAAAUACUGAUAUUGGAUUAAAAAGAGGAAAUUUAGUUUCAAUAAAUCAAGGACUUCCAUUGUUUUUUAACACACCAAAAACAUUUACUAGCUAUCAACCAAAUGAUACAAAAUUAUCAUCAGUUUCAAACAAUGAAUCACCACCAACAACUCAAUUUUCACCUCAACAAGACAAUUUGUCCAACUUCCACUGCCUUUCAAAUGACAUACAAAAUGAUUUAAUUAAUUCUAUAAAAAAUGUUAUAAUUACAAAAAUUAAAAAUGAAAUUAAAGAUGCUGACUUCUUAGCAGUAAUCACGGAUGAAACAACUGAUAUUACAAAAAGAUCACAACUCACAACAGUAUUUAGAUAUGUUAAUGACAAAGGUGUUCAAGAGAGAUUUAUUGGGUUUUCUGAUGUUAGUGCUGAUAGGUCAGCUAAAUCUUUGGCUGAUCAUUUUUUUUCAAUACUUCCAGAGUAUAUAUGUGAUGAGAACAAAUUAGUUGCUCAGACAUAUGAUGGAGCUGCUGUUAUGUCUGGUUCUCAUAAUGGUUUGCAGACUUUGAUAAAACAGAAAUAUAAAAAUGCAAUGUAUAUUCAUUGCUAUGCACAUAAACUUGAUUUAGUUCUUAAGCAGUCAGUGUCUCAUAUUAAGGAAUGUAAAAUAUUUUUUACAAAUCUAAACGGGUUUGCGGUUUUUUUCUCUAAUAGUACAAAAAGAAUAAAUGAGUUAGAUUUAAUUGUUAAAAAACGGUUUCCAACUAUUGCACCAACAAGGUGGAAUUAUAAUAGUAGAUUAAUUAAUAUUAUGGUUGAACAUAAAAAAGAAAUUAAUCAAUUAAUGCAGUCUAUUGUAGAAAACGCUGACAAAUGGGAUGGCGAAUCAAUUAUAUGUGCUAGAGGCUUUUGUUUGACAUUAGAAGAUUUUGAUUUUAAUUUUAAUUUAAUCAUUUUUGGAAAAAUACUUCCUUUAGCUAGGUACCUUUUUGAUGUAUUACAAAAAAAAGUGUUUGAUAUUUCAUAUUGUACUCAAAAAAUAAAUGAAUUUAAGAAACAAUUAAAUGAGUAUAGGCAGAAAUUUAAUUUAGUUUGGAAUGAAGUAAAUGACUUAGAAAAAAAUAAAAUAAUCCCAUCCAGAAAUAAAAGGUGUCGAAUGGUUCAAGUAUCAGAAGAUAGAAAAAUUAACUAUAAACGUUUAUUUUAUGAAAUAAUAGAUACUAUUUUAGUUAAAAUUGAUGAACGAUUUUCUGAAGUAUAUAACUUAAAAUUUAUGGGGUUACUUGAUUUUGAAAAAUUUUCCCAUUACAAAGAUAAUUUUCCUCAGGAUAAAUUUAGUUCACUUAAACAAACAUAUGGUCAGUAUUUUGAAUUUCCAAAGCUAAAGAGUGAAUUGUCAAUUAUAUAUUCAUCUGAUCAGUUUCAUCAAACACAUAUUUAUAAACUUUUAGAAUAUUUGAGGGAAACAGAUUUAACAACUGUUCUACCUCAAGUUACUAAAUUAUGUGCAUUAAUUUUAACCAUUCCUGCAACAAGUGCUUCUGCUGAAAGAUCUUUUUCCGCUUUAAAAAGGAUAAAAACUUAUUUAAGAAAUAAUCAAACUCAAAAUAGACUUUCAAAUUUAUCUUUACUUUCCAUAGAAAAAGAAGUUUUAAUGACUACAAAGUGUGAACCUAAUUUUCAUAAUGAUGUAAUUAAAGACUUUAUAAAACAAAAUAGAAGGAUAGAGUUGUCUUAUAAGUGAACUUGUAAACUAAUAGAAUUUGGAACU